AUGUUCCGACCACAUCGAGGCUGUCGUCAUAAGUUGGUUUAUUUUAUCCUCUAUUCGAUUCUGUACAGUUCCUGGGCUCUUGGAAUAUUUCCAUUUACGUAUGUCUCGAAGGAAAGAAAAUUGCGGCGUUCCAAAUGGCUCCUGGUCUAUGGUAUUGCCUUCAACGCAACUCUGGUUGUCCUGAUGCUGCGGCUUCAUGGGGGGGAAGGUGAAUCCAUGGCGAAUGACCCCAAGCUGGACGUGUUCCAGCGGAACUUUGUGUUAAAGCAAAUCAGCCUGCUCCUGGGGAUUGGCGGCGUAAUCACAAUCUGCGCGAUGUAUCUGCGAACCUUCUGGAGGAGCAGAGACUUGUGCAGGAUCUACAACCAGCUGCUGCAUUUGGAGGUGACAUAUUUUAAAGAUUAUUCAGUGGAGUGCCCAACCUUCGAUAGAUAUGUGAUCCAAAAGGGAUUGCUCGUCAUCGGAGGCGUGGCAUCCACAUUGGUUAUCCAUAUGGGAAUGCCCAACGAGUCCGUUUCCCUGGUAAAGCUGGGCAGCUUCCUGCUGGCCAUCCACUUCCACCUGGGUGUGGCAUUUAUCUACCGUUUUGUGUGGCUCAUCAACCGUGAACUUCUAGACCUGGCCAAUCGACUGAGGGUCAGGCCGGAAGGAAGCUCCUCUCGUGUCCGCUUCCUCCUGACCCUCUACGGUCGCCUCCUGGACCUCAACACACGACUCACCGCCUGCUAUGACUACCAGACUGCCAUGAUGAUGGCCAUCUUUUUGGGCGGCAACAUCAUCGUCUCCUUCUACAUGAUCGUCUUCAGCGUCAGCCUCAGCAAGAUGUCCGUCUUUGUAAUGUUGAUCAUGUUUCCCCUGGCGCUGAUCAACAAUUUCUUGGACUUUUGGUUGAGCAUUGCAGUGUGUGAUUUGGCAGAGCGGACUGGCAGGCAAACCUCCAUGAUCCUGAAGCUAUUUAAUGAUAUGGAGAUAUUGGACAAGGAGAUGGAACGAAGUUUCGCUGAAUUUGCUCUAUUCUGCAGCCAUCGCCGGCUAAGGUUCCAUCACUGUGGACUGUUCUACGUGAACUAUGAGAUGGGUUUUCAAAUGCUCGUCACGAGUGUCUUGUACUUGCUUUUCCUGGUGCAAUUUGAUUAUAUGAACUUGUAA